AUCAGUUCAGUUUCUUCUGUUUCUUCAUUAAGUCGUAUCCUAGCAGGACGAAAGCGAAAUUGCUCAGUGUUAGUGCUGCACUAAAAUAAGAAAAGCGCGUGUUCUUGGUAGCCUUCGAUUAUUACGGUGAAAAACUUCUGUAACAACUAAGCUAAAGAAAUGGCUGGUGGCAAAGCAGGCAAGGAUUCUGGAAAAGCAAAAGCCAAGGCAGUGUCGCGUUCCGCGCGAGCUGGAUUGCAGUUCCCUGUCGGGCGUAUCCAUCGCCACUUGAAAAACCGAACGACAAGCCAUGGGCGCGUCGGUGCUACCGCUGCCGUAUAUUCGGCAGCCAUCCUAGAAUAUCUCACUGCUGAGGUACUAGAAUUGGCUGGUAACGCCUCGAAGGAUCUCAAAGUGAAGCGAAUUACGCCAAGGCAUCUGCAGCUGGCUAUUCGUGGUGACGAAGAACUGGAUAGCUUGAUUAAGGCAACGAUUGCCGGUGGUGGUGUCAUUCCUCACAUCCACAAAUCACUCAUUGGCAAGAAGGGUGGACCCGAAUAAGGAGGAUCCAGUUUGGUGCGCUGGAUUGCGCACCACCAUAUUCAAUACUGACCGUAUUUUUUUAACCAAGUACUGAUAAGCGGCGAAGAGAGCAUUUUUUAUUAUUUUUUAUUUUUUUACGGUCUUAAAGCAUGGGCACAGAAAUCACGCAAAACUUCGUUGUUAGUUUGCAUGUACGUAACGAUCGAGCGAAAAUGUGGUUGGCCGCUCAAUCAUUUUAGCACAUAUUUAUAACUAGUAAUGUGUUAACGAUCGUGUUAAAGAUGUUCUGGCACUGUAUUCUACAUAUUUUUGUGCUUCAGAAAUUAGUUCGUAUAGUAGGAUUCCUCCAUCGUUUUGUGUUUUUUUUAAUGCAUCUCCCUACCUCUUUUCGUCAAAAUAUAAAUGCAUUUUCACUUACAAUUUGCUUUCUCAUGAGCAUAUUUACUUAGACGAUAGGUUUGCAAUCGAUUCCAAGACAAAGGCAAGCAUAUAAACAUUCAUUAAUGCAAAUAGAACUAGAACACAAGUGUGCUGGAAUUUCUAGACACAGACUUCUCGAGUCGCACAUUUUGGAUUGUACAAAACAAUUAGACGAAAUGCAAAACAUAGAAAAAAAAAACCUAACGGAAAAAUAAUCUAUUAGACUUGCUGAAACACAAAUCACUCGUUACGCUCUGAACAGGAGGACUAA